AGCAGUCACUGCAUUGGGCUUAGCUACUACUAGCUCUAGUGAUGGAUCUGUUGAAAUCACUGGCUCACCCAACAGAGAUAUACGCUUUACUGCAGUACAAGCUUGUAGGACAGAAUGUAGUUCAUUCCCUGGACACUUCAUCUCUAUCACCCGACAUGCAGAGAUGUUAUGAGCUUCUAAAUCAAACCAGCAGGAGCUUUGCUGCAGUUAUACAAGCACUUGAUGGAGACUUGAGGCCAGCUGUUUGUAUCUUCUAUCUUGUACUUCGUGCCCUUGAUACUAUAGAAGAUGACAUGACUAUACCACCCGACACAAAGAUCGUCCUCUUGAAGGCAUUCCACACUUACCUCUAUGAUCCAAAGUGGAACUUUACACAAAGCCAAGAAAAAGACAAAGCUGUACUAGAAGAAUUCCCCAAAAUAUCUGGAGAGUUCCGUAAGCUAAGGUCACGCUAUCAAGAAGUGAUCAGCGAAAUAGCACAGAAAAUGGGAGCAGGAAUGACAGUCUUUCUCACUAACAAAGUGAACACAAUGGAGGAAUGGGAUGAAUAUUGUCAUUAUGUUGCUGGUCUUGUUGGCAUUGGUUUGACUCAGUUAUUUGCAGCUUCAGGUCUAGAGGAUCCAAGUAUAGAGGGAAAUACAAGACUGGCCAACAGCAUGGGACUCUUCCUACAGAAAACAAACAUCAUUCGAGAUUACCUUGAAGACAUUGUACAAGACAGAGAGUUCUGGCCUAAAGAAGCUUGGAGUCAAUUUGCUAAUGACUUGAGAGAUUUUCAAAAGCCAUCAAAAAGACGUGACGCCAUUAGAUGCUUAAACUUCCUAAUCACUUCAACCCUUAAGCUACUCCCUGAUGUCCUCCAAUACAUGAGCUACAUAAAGAAUCAGAGCAUAUUCAACUUUUGUGCUAUACCUCAGAUGAUGGCUAUUGCUACUCUGGCUCUGUGCUAUAAUAAUGGAAAGGUUUUCGAGGACAUGAUUAAGAUAAGAAAAGGUCAAGCAGUUCAGCUAAUAAUGCAGUCAAACUCAAGCAAUAGUCUACAGAAAAUAAUAGCCUACUACUCUAAAGAGAUCUUUAACAAGAUUGAUUCUACCGAUCCAUCAGGAGAAGAGACCAGAAGCAUCCUAACUCAUAUUCUAUUAGUGUGCAAUGAGGAUCCACUGGAUACCAAUAGAUCCACUGCAGUUGGAAUAGCUCUCUCUCAAUACAAAGCACCAAUCAUCAGCACAACUGCUCUGAUCGUACUCUCUUACAUUUACUGGUACACUCAGUAAAUGACAUUUAGCUCCUUCUAUACAUUAGGUCGGUCUGUGUAUAUUCGACCGA